UCAAUUUCAACAUGGGAAAUCAAGUAGCUGAACUGUAGUCUUCUUCUGGAGCCCAUGCUGGUUUAUAUUCCUUUUUCUUUUUUUCUCCUUUGGCUUUCUUUUUCUUUUCUUUAAAUUUGUUUCUUCUUUUUCUUUCUCUUUAUAUAAAUCCAAUUCCUUUUGGGGGGAAUCAUAAAAGACAAACAGCUCUAUUUUUAUGUGCCCUUCACUCAUUCUCUGUGCCUCUCCAAUCAAACCCCACCCACCCUUUCUUCCUUGGGAAACAUAUCAACAUGGAAAGUGAUGCUGGGGAAAACUUGUUCACCACAUUCUCCUCCUCCUCCACCACAUCCAUCACCAUCUCCACCACCAUCUCAUCAUCAUCAUCAUCAUCAUCUUGUUCAUCUGCAACAUCUUCAUCCCAAACAAGUCCUCCAGAUGAUUCAACAGCAGCUCAGAAUCAAAACACCCCAAUUAGCAACAAGAAAAGACAAAGAAAUGGUGAUGAUAACAAGCACCCCAGUUACAGGGGUGUGAGAAUGAGAGCAUGGGGCAAAUGGGUGUCUGAGAUACGUGAGCCAAGGAAGAAAUCAAGAAUAUGGCUUGGAACAUACCCUACUGCAGAAAUGGCUGCUAGAGCACACGAUGUUGCAGCUUUAGCCAUCAAGGGUCACUCAGCUUACCUCAAUUUCCCCAAUUUAGCUCAAGAUCUUCCAAGGCCCAUCACCACAUCUCCCAAGGACAUUCAAGCUGCAGCUGCAAAAGCAGCAGCAACCACUUUCUUUCAUCAUGCCAAGCAUUGUGAACCACAAAAGGAUGAACAAAACCAUGCAGAACAAGCCUCAUUUUCAACUCAAGCUCAGCAUGUUCAAGCAGAAGAAGCUUCACCUUCAACUCUAUCCAUGGACACUACUCAAGGGUCUUCAACUUCUCACUCUACUGCAGAUGAUGACACACUCUUUGACCUUCCAGAUCUUUUCCCUGAUGAAAACAAUGGACUUUUUUUCUCUUAUUCUUCUUCUUGGGGUUUAUGUGCUGCUGAUAGUGGAUUCAGGCUUGAAGAGCAAUUUUUGUGGGAGAAUUACUAGUAUUGCAGAUUGUUCCAUUUUUAAAAAAUAAUAAUAAUAUUAAGAGAGAAAAAAAAAACUGCAAAUUGUUUACCCUUUACUGCAAUAGUGCAAUCUGAUGCAAGAAUAGCACUUAGGGAAAAAGUUUACCCUUUAGUCUGUAAAUUGUGUUGCCCAUUGCUAUUUUUGUUUUGUUAUGGAUUAAAAUAUAAAGGGAAAUAUUUGACAAA